AUAUGGCCACUGCCACUAAAACGAUGGCCGACCCGCUCCUGCCCUGACCUUGCCCUGGAGGCGAAACUUGUUUUCAGCAUAUGGUUGUGGUUAUGGUUAUGGUUAUGGUGGCGGUGGUUUUGGUUGAGAGUCGGAGGGUCGGCGCUUCGCAUGCAGAGUGGAGCCACCGAUCGACGGUUGCCCCGCCGAGUCAAUCAAAGCCCGGACCACCAAAACAACAUCGACUCUACGUCAAGCCAUCCUGCCCCUCUCCACUGCUCCCUACCCUCAAUGCAUCCCAUCUCAGUUGCUGCGUGGAUCCGCGAACUUGAACCUCGUGCCCGCACUCAAUCAUAUCCCUCUUCCUUGCGCACUUGCAAGCGACAGCAGCCCGACACUCGCAAGAGCCCGCGCUCGCGAAAGACAUGCCGUGUUGUGCUGGGGGAGAUUGCGGCAAACGAUCAGAACAUGGCCAUGCCUUCUCCCAAGAGCAAUGCGUCGCGGCCUAACAGGAGAAUUGAGAAGAAGCGCAUGCGCACUCCCUCGCCGUCAAAAAAUCAACGGCAAUUUCCCGACGACGCGUAUUCGCCCGACGAUAUCGAGGAUGCGACGCCUCGCCCUGACAGCUUCGCACACAGCGCAUAUCCUAUUCCUGAUCUUUCAUAUCGAGAGGCUCUUUCCAAAGAGCCCAUCGCAGAUGACGACGACGACUUCCAGGCCCGUUCACCUACACGAUCGCACACGCAAUCGCAAUCUUCCAACCGCUCGGCCAGCCCCAAGAAAAUUACUUCUUUAUGGAACGUUGGAAACGGAGUAAUAUACACACACUUAGGUAACACGACCGCUUCGAAACGGGAGCAGCUCGGUGAAAAUGGGCUUGCGCUCUUGGAGAAGCUGGAGGAUGUAAGCGAUGGACCUGUGGUGCCUGUGAGACUCAAACAACGACUGGCGGAGGCGGAUAUGGGCAAGGUGAGGCAGCACCAGUUCGACACAUCGGAUGAAAGGCCAGCGGACGAGCUUCUGUGGGAGCUGCGGACCAUACAAGACAUCAUUUCGCUGUCGCACCGGUGUUCGGUGAACCGCGACCAUGAGACCGAGUGGAACAAUCGCGUGCACACCAAGGUGCUGGAGCUGGCGUUGGGAAAUGAUGAGACGAGGGUUGGGUUCCGAAGCGUAACUGCAGCUAGAAUCACUCCGGAAUAUCGCCCUACACAUUCGAACAACCUCACAACUGGCAAGAUCAUAGAUUACGCCAUUCACCUCGAACCCUCCAGUCCCACACGCGACAUUAUAUCAUCCCUUGUCGGCAUGUCGACUGAUUCCAUCAAUCACGUGGGCUACGAGGGUCUGCGCGCUCGACCUAUUGCUGUAUCGAUCGAGACUAAGACCGAGAGCCGGACCGUGGAAGAGGCGAAGGUACAAUUGGGCGUGUGGGUUGCGGCUCAGGUGGCACGGAUCGAGGCACUCGUGAGGCAGUUUGCUUCAGUCGUGGUGCAGAAGCCAGCAGCAGAGGCAUGGUCUGGCCGAUUGGAAUCAGAGAUGAUCACACGAGGUCGAUGGAAAAGCCGAGGGAGAGGCGGCCGGAUGCCGCGAGCGGAGCAGUCACAAGCGCAGGAAGCGAUCCCGUCUCCCACCGUUGUGAUGGUUCCAGAUCCCUCUGAUUUCCUCUCACAGAUUGUAUUUCCACUCAUCGACAUCCAAUCCGAAGUGUGGUCGCUCUUCUUCGCCCGGGUCACGCCCUCAAACGCUCUGCGCCCAUCGAAUUUGGACAUUUGCAAGCCAGUGUCGAAUAUUCAGAUCUUCCAUUCGGUUCCUUUGGGAAACACAGCGAAUACGGUGCAGGCAUAUCGGCUGGUGAAGAGCUUAAAGGUCCUGAGAGAUUGGGUCGAUGGGGACUUCCGCAAGUGGUGGGAUGUGCUUUUGGGGCUUCGCGACGUUGAAACGGGCGGUGGGUGAAAUCGCAUUGGUAGCAUUCCAUAUCAGAAUUUGUAGUGAAAUGCGCCAGUACUACGCGUUGCUCUUCUUCAUAUAUUUGCAUAUUUUGGGUCGUGAUUUGAGACUGUCGCUCUUGCAAUGGAGAUCCUUCACGCCUCAAACAGUUUGAUUCUUCACUGAUUCUUAAGUUCGACUUCUGAAGGCCUAACUGUCUGAUUGCUAGCAGUUGUGUUUAACUGCAGCGCGAUCUCUUAGGUUGCCUUCAACAGUAUUUUGUUGCGAACCAUCGAGCACUAUGAAGUGCAAUAUUCUCAUGGUUGGCUAUUUAGCCCUAUGGGCCUAUUUUAGCUCCCGUAAUUCGGCUCAGCAGGGAGUGGCGAUACUUGACGCCUAUUUAACCCACUUCAUCCGCACCAGGACCGUCUUUGGGCUUCUGCUGUGGGUCUGACAAGGAAUCCUGAUGUGGCUCCUUGGUAUGAGUCUAUCGCAUACUGGAGAACCUGCAGAAGCUUUUACCACACCUUGUAUCAACAACAACCACUAUCCUUACGUGUAAGCGUGAGCUCUCUUCGUAAGCGACUGUCCAAAGCUGCUUCCCCAAACAGUGAAAUGCUACCAUCAACGC